AUGACCGACUCAACAGCAGGCAAGUGCCCGAUGCGGUACGCCAACACUGGCGGUGGUGGUACUCGCAACCGCGACUGGUGGCCCACGCAACUGCCCCUCAACAUCCUCCGCCAGCACACCGCCGUCACGAACCCGCUGGGCGAGAAGUUCGAUUACGCGGCCGAAUUCAAGAAGCUGGACUAUGGUGCGCUCAAGGCCGAUCUGAACAAGUUGAUGACCGACUCGCAAGACUUCUGGCCGGCGGAUUUCGGCCAUUAUGGUGGCCUGUUCAUCCGGAUGGCAUGGCACAGUGCUGGCACUUACCGUGUUCAGGAUGGACGAGGUGGCGGUGGACAGGGUCAGCAGCGCUUUGCUCCGUUGAACUCCUGGCCGGACAAUGUUUCCCUUGACAAGGUAUGUUGUCGCUUGUGGCAUUGGCAUGCUUGAUUUCAUGGAUGGAGUGCUGAUGUUGUGUCACUUUUGAACAGGCACGACGACUUCUAUGGCCAAUCAAGCAGAAGUACGGAGACAAGAUCUCCUGGGCGGAUCUUUACCUCCUCACUGGCAACGUCGCCCUCGAGUCCAUGGGUUUCAAGCCGGAGGGUUUCGCUGGUGGUCGUCCAGAUACCUUCGAGUCGGACGAGUCGGUCUACUGGGGCGCUGAGCAGACUUGGCUCGGCAACGAGGACCGUUACUCGCAGGGUCGUGAGGGUUUCGCAGAGGCUGGUGUCGUUGACGGCCAGCAGAGUGACAAGGAGCACAAGGACAUCCACUCCCGCGACUUGGAAGAGCCUUUGGCCGCUGCACACAUGGGUUUGAUCUACGUCAACCCAGAAGGUCCAGACGGCAUUCCAGACCCAGUCGCCGCUGCCCGCGACAUCCGCACUACUUUCGGCCGCAUGGCCAUGAACGACGAGGAGACCGUCGCUCUUAUCGCUGGUGGCCACACCUUCGGUAAGACGCACGGAGCUGCUCCAGCCGACAACAUUGGCAAGGAGCCGCAACAGGCCGGCCUCGAGGCUCAAGGCUUCGGUUGGGCCAACAAGUACGGUCAGGGCAAGGGCCCAGACACCAUCACCUCCGGUCUUGAAGUCAUCUGGACUGCCACCCCAACUCAGUGGAGCAACAAGUACUUCGAAUACCUGUUCAAGUACGACUGGGAGCUUGAAAAGUCCCCAGCCGGUGCCAACCAGUGGGUUGCAAAGACCGACGACCUGAUCAUCCCCGACCCAUUCGACCCCAACAAGAAGCGCAAGCCCACUAUGCUUACCACGGAUCUGUCCCUACGCUACGACCCAGCGUACGAGAAGGUCUCCCGCCACUUUCUUGAGAACCCUCAGGCUCUCCACGACGCAUUCGCCAAGGCUUGGUUCAAGCUGCUCCACCGUGACAUGGGUCCUCGUGCCCGCUGGCUCGGCCCUGAGAUCCCCGAGGAGGUUCACAUUUGGGAAGACCCAAUCCCCAAUGUCGACCAUCCCAUCAUCAACGACAACGACGUCGCCUCGCUCAAGAAGGAGAUCCUUGCCGCAGGCCCAUCUGUCACCGACUACGUCCUCGCUGCUUGGGGCUCUGCUUCCACUUUCCGCAGCGGCGACAAGCGUGGCGGUGCCAACGGUGCUCGCAUCCGCUUGAACCCACAGAACCGCUGGCAGGUCAACAACCCACAGCACCUCACUCAGGUACUCGGCGCUCUCGAGAAGGUUCAGGACAAGUUCAACGGCGCUGCUUCUGGCGGCAAGAAGGUCUCUCUCGCAGACUUGAUCGUUCUGGCAGGUUCCGCUGCUCUCGAGAAGGCUUCUGGCCUCCAGGUGCCAUUUGCUCCCGGUCGUGCCGAUGCCACCCAGGAGCAGACCGACGCCACCUCCUUCGAGCACCUCGAGCCCAAGCAAGAUGGUUUCCGAAACUUCGGCAAGUCCACUCCUCGUGUGCGUGCCGAGCAAUACCUCAUCGACCGCGCCCAUCUGCUCUCCCUCACUGCACCAGAGAUGACUGCUCUUGUCGGAGGUCUGCGCACUCUCGGCGCCAACUACGAUGGCUCCGGCUACGGAGUCUUCACCUCCCGCAUCGGCACUCUCUCCAACGACUUCUUCGUCAACCUACUCGACAUGGGCACCGAAUGGAAGGCCAACCCUGACCAGGAGACUUACCAGGGCCUGGACAAGAAGACUGGCCAGAAGAAGUGGGACGCCACUCGCGUCGACUUGGUCUUUGGUUCGCACCCUGAGCUUCGCGCCAUUUCUGAGGUUUACGCCGGCGCGGGCAAUGAGGAGAAGUUCAAGAAGGAUUUCGUCAGUGCUUGGGUAAAGGUCAUGAACCUUGACAGGUAUGACCUGGCGCCGAACGCCAACGUCAAGGGAACUGCCACUAGUGCGCCGAGGUUGUAG